AUGGUCUUGGAUAGAGGAGAGGAUUCCAACCAAGAACGAAGGUAUGACGAAGACUUUGAGGAUGACGAAAAAUCACUGAAUGUGCGGGAUUUUGAUAGUGCAACUCAGAACGAUUCUGAAAUGAUGGACGAUGAAGACUUGACAGAGGAACAAAUUAAGGAGGAAAUCAAGAAAAUCAAAGAGGCACAUGCUGAGGACGAGGAAUUUCCUGAUGAAGUAGAAACUCCUAUUGAUGUUCCUGCAAGAAGACGUUUUGCAAAGUACAGGGGUCUCAAAUCCUUCAGAACCUCCACGUGGGAUCCAAAUGAGUCUUUACCUCAGGACUAUGCCAGAAUAUUUGCUUUUGAUAACGUCGCCAGGACUCAAAAGCUUGUGCUCAAGCAAGCCCUGAAGAUGGAAGAAGAAGACAGAGAUGACUGUGUACCAACUGGGUCAUAUGUACGGAUGCAUAUUAAAGAAGUGCCUCUUGGUGCCGCCUCUAAACUAUCCUCGCUUGUGAACACGACGAAACCCAUUAUAGGAUUUGGUCUUUUGCAGCAUGAAUCCAAGAUGUCGGUUCUGCAUUUUAGCGUAAAGAAGUAUGAUGGUUACGAAGCUCCUAUUAAAACAAAAGAAGAGCUUGUGUUUCAUGUCGGUUUCCGUCAAUUCAUUGCAAGGCCGGUAUUUUCAACCGACAAUUUUAGCUCGGACAAGCACAAGAUGGAGAGAUUCCUGCAUCCUGGGGGUUUCUCGUUGGCUUCUGUAUACGGUCCAAUAUCUUUCCCGCCACUUCCUUUGGUAGUUCUGAAGAUUUCUGAAGGGUCGGGUGCUCCUGCCGUUGCUGCCCUUGGUUCCUUGAAAAGCAUUGAACCCAACAAAAUAAUUUUAAAGAAGAUAAUAUUAACUGGGUAUCCUUAG